UUAUGCAGACGUACUCCGGCCUCUUCUGCGUCGUGGUGAACCCCUACAAGAGGAUGCCCAUCUACACGGAGAAGAUAAUGGACAGAUAUAAGGGGAUAAAGCGCCACGAAGUACCUCCUCAUGUCUUCGCCAUUGCUGACAGCGCCUACAGGUCCAUGCUUCAAGCAGAGGUCGUUGUUCGUUUAUUGCCCGUCCUUCGUUUGGUAUUAAGUCUCAAGUUUCGAUAG